GAAGCAGAUAUAUACUAAAUUUGCAUCACAAAACCCUAAUUUCAGAUCUCAAUUGAGAUGUAAUUAGCUCUACAGAGGCUCCUCAUUGUUCCCAAAUCUUCUGCGUUUUAAUGUACAGAGUGUAAGUUUGUAUUGUAUAUUACUUGGAAGCAGUAAACACUAUGGCCGGGCCUGGUGAUCCAAUGAAAUCUGAAUGGAUAGAUAGAAUAAAAUCUGAAGGAUCCAUUCCACUUCUUGAUGCAAAUAACUGCUCAAAUGGUUGGGCUUCACCUCCUGGAGCUGCAUUCAAGGUUAGAGGUCCUGAGUAUUUUAAGACAAAGGUUAAGAUUCCUGCUGGUGAUUACCUGCUCAAGCCUAUAGGACUUGAUUGGAUUAAAAGUUCGGUGAAAAUGGGCGAGAUAUUGAAGCAUUCAAAUAGUAGAGUUAGGAAGGUCAUUGAUAAUGAGUUUCCAGCUGGUGAUAAACCUUUUGUGUGGGCCUUCAAUAUGCAACUCCCAACCAAGGAUAAUUACUGUGUGGUGGCAUAUUUUACCAACAUAGAGCCUAUUACUGGGGACUCUUUGAUCGAAAAGUUCUUGAAAGGAGAUGAUGAUUUCAGAAACUCAAGGCUUAAGAUGAUUGCCAACAUUGUCAAUGGUCCUUGGAUUGUGAAAAGAGCGGUUGGGGAGCAAGCAAUAUGCGUAAUUGGUCGUGCCCUUACCUGUAAAUUUUGUGUGGCAGAGAAUUACAUAGAAGUAGAUAUUGAUAUUGGGUCUUCCAUGGUAGCAACUGCUAUAGUUCAUUUGGCAUUUGGUUAUAUCACAACUUUGACUGUUGAUCUGGCUUUCCUUAUUGAGAGCCAAGUUGAAUCAGAGCUUCCAGAAAAACUCUUGGGUGCAUUCAGGUUGUCUAACCUCAAUCCUGCUUCAGCCAGACAAGUUGAGCCAUCAUCUGUUUCGAGCACUGCUACUUUACAAAGAUCUUUAUCUAAAAGAUUGUGGAAGUCAAUAGGACAGAUUCUUCUUCCAGGUUCACAAGAAAAUGACUCUACCUCUGCCUCACAAAAUACUAAAACUGUUGAUCAAAAAAACGUCUGACUUCAAAGAAUGUUGUAUUUGACGCUUAAAACAAGGUGGAAGGUGGAACUCUGCAACCUUGGAUCUAGCACCUUCUGUCUGGUACAUGUAUAACCUAAAGCCAUUUGAUCUCAUAUUACAGAGGCCAGUUGAUAUAAAUUGUUGGCAAUUCUACAAUUUUUUACCAGUUGAAAGGUGGGGAUAUGCCGAGAGGAAAGACAGAGUAACAGAAAACAGUGCAAUGAGCAAUCCUAUUUUCUUAUCCUUGGAUCUGCUUAUCAGUCAAUUACAUAUUACAUUCUCUGCUCAUAUAUUCCUCACUUUGAGCAUCUUCUAUUCCAAGAAACACCAAAAUCGCAUUCUUCAUGUAUUUGUGCCUAAAUUAAGAAUAUAGCUUUAUUGAAUUAGACAAUAUCAGCAAUUGAUUUGUGCAGCUCCAAUAUCAGCAAAUCAGUUACUGCUGUUUUAGCACCUAUUUGUUUUGAUAUUGUAAAAUUAAUUCUCACAUUUUUUUUUCCUUUGAAAAAAUGCACAUUUCAAUGUAACUCUGUGACUGAAGAUUGAUUUGAUCACAUCACAAUCAUGCUCAAUAGUCCAAUUAAUCCUGUCAAAAUCAAUUAUAUCUAAUUUUAAAACAAACAAGAUAUUAAUCUCCAUGCUAGCUUAAACAUCUAUUUCUUGCUUUAAUAUUUAAUAGUAAAUUGCACGGCCACUGUUGAAAUUUUGUGAAGUUACACAAACGUCUGCUUUU